AUGUCUAACGGGUCUGAGUCUACGGAGCCGGGCUCUUCUUCUGCGGACUGGGGAUCGUUCUAUGUGGAGCUGGGAGAAACAGCAACAAGUGACGAUGCGAAACACCUUAUCAGUGAUACGACACGUUCAACUGACGAGCUCCUUACACAGGCUCGAGACCUGAUCAAAACCUUUCAAGAAUCUGACGAGUUCCAGAACGUACCUCUGUGGUUUUUGAAGUUCAAUGGCUGUCUCGACAAGGUCUUUACUGCUAUGCUGGACACAGCGAGCGAAUGUGGUGGGGAUGCUGGACUGAGAUACGUAGCAAGUGCCAUAUGCACUUGCCAAGUUGGAUAUCAAAAGAGUGACUUGAAGACCACACUUCAGCAGAUGAAGACACUCGGAUUGACGUGGUUUGCUCAUCUUCUAUGGCUUUUCAAGGUCUCUAGCUCUUACUCCCGUUUACCACGAGCAGCAGUGGCAAGCAAUAUUGCUCAACAGGCUAUACCGACUAGAAGAGGAACGGAACUUGAUCUUUCGGACGCGCCCUCCAGUAACAGGACAAGAAUCAUGCGGGAACAGGUUUUGCGCCGCCAAAACUACCAAUGCCCUGUAACUGGCGUAGGCCAACGUGAUCUAUGCGGCCGGGCUGGACAUCAGCGAAUUCCAACAACAACAUUGUGUGCGCCGGGUGACUUAUACACGCAAUAUUACGACGAACGGACGAAAAACGGUUCAUGGACUAAGUAAUAGAUCGUAUAGUUUUCUUCAGGGCAGAGGAGAGGUGAUAACAGAAUAAGCAAACUUAAAGCAAUGGACAGAGAGGAUCCGCCACUGCCUGGCUCACA